UCUUGUAUUAAAUGACACUGGCAGAUUAAAGCUCUCUGAUGGGGAAGGGCUUAAAGGCUGAGUCAAAAGCCAAGAAGUCUUUAUUUACGCCUACCUCCCAGCCCUUGGCAGUCUGACUAAUAACAAACUGAGCUAACAAGAAAGACUAGAAAGAGAGGAAGGAGAACCUAGCUGCAGCUUACAUCUAAAGCCUAAGAAAGCAAGAGUGAUCAAUUCAAGCUCUGUUUAACAUCUUGCUUAUUUACUGCUUUCGGAAGCUUGCAAAUGGUUAACUAUAUGCAAAAAAAAAAAAAAAAAGUCAGCAUAGCUGUGAAGUAUGCCGUGAAUUUUAAUUGAGGAAAAAGGGCAACUGCUUCAGGAUGGUCUAGCAUUCACUCUGCCUGAAAGAUUUCCAGUAAAAUGUUCUACAUUUUCUCUCUUGACCUGGAGUUUUAACUUUGCAAUGCUGCAGCUAUGUCUGGACUUGCAGAAAAGUGACAUGUAAGAAGAAAUCAUUUAGUGGUGGGUUUGUUUAUCUGUUUGAUGUGUUUUGCAUUUUUAACAAAGAGCCUGAAUUAUUUCAAACUGCUUUCCCAACUGUGCAUUUUGUAACUGACUGUGUCUAGAGGAGUGUCUGCUGUACAGAAUAAGAAUUCAUUGAACAACAACAUGAAGCUCUGGAUUCAUCUGCUAUAUUCAGCUUUGAUUGCUUCAGCUUCUUUACAAUCUCCACCUGCAUUGUUACCAGUUAGAGGAUCUUGUGAUUCUCUAUGUUCAUGUGAGGAAAAGGAUGGUUUACUGCUUAUAAACUGUGAGGAAAGAGGUAUCAAGACAUUAUCCCAAAUAAAUGUUCCACCAUCAAGACCCUUCCAUCUAUUUUUAUUAAAAAAUGGAUUGACUACACUACACACCAAUGACUUUUCUGGACUUCCCAGUGCCAUCUUAAUACAUCUUGGAUUUAAUAAUAUUGUGGAUAUUGAACCUGGUGCAUUUAAUGGCCUUGGCCUUCUGAAGCAACUACAUAUUAAUCAUAAUUCUUUAGAAAUUCUGAAAGAGGACACAUUCCAUGGCCUAGAGAACUUGGAAUUCCUUCAAGCAGAUAACAAUUUCAUCACAGUGAUUGAACCAAGUGCCUUUAGCAAGCUCCAUAGAUUAAAAGUCUUAAUUUUAAAUGAUAAUGCCAUUGAGUUUCUUCCUCCAAAUAUAUUUCGCUUUGUCCCAUUGACUCAUUUGGACCUCCGUGGUAAUCAACUGCAAACUUUGCCAUAUGUUGGGUUUUUGGAACACAUUGGCAGGAUAUUGGACCUUCAGCUGGAAGACAAUAAAUGGGUCUGCAAUUGUGAUUUAUUGCAGUUAAAGACGUGGUUGGAAAAUAUGCCUCCUCAGUCUAUCAUUGGUGAUGUUGUUUGCAAUAGUCCUUCUUUUGUCAAAGGAAGUGUUCUAAGUAGACUGAAAAAGGAAUCUAUCUGUCCUACUCCCCCAGUACAUGAAGAAUAUGAGGAUCCUUCAGGGUCAUUACACUUAGUGGUGACCUCGUCUAUAAAUGAUGGUCAUAUAUCAACCAAGACAACAUCUAUUACAAAAAGUCCUACCAAAGUACCAGGCUUAGUUUCUUAUGCUACAAAGCCAUCCACUCCACUUCCAGGACCUUAUUGUCCAGUUCCUUGUAACUGCAAAAUCCUUUCUCCAUCAGGACUUCUAAUUCAUUGCCAGGAACGAAAUAUCGAAAGUUUAUCUGACUUAAAGCCUCCUCCACAAAAUCCUAAAAAACUUAUUUUAGCAGGCAAUAUUAUUCAAACCCUAAUGAAAUCUGACCUGGUGGAAUAUUCCACUUUAGAACUGCUUCACUUGGGGAACAACCGGAUUGAGAUUCUUGAGGAAGGGUCAUUCAUGAACCUUAGCAGAUUACAAAAGCUCUAUCUUAAUGGUAACCAUUUGACUAAAUUAAACCAUGGUUUAUUUCUAGGACUCCACAAUCUUGAGUACCUGUACCUUGAAUACAAUGCUAUAAAGGAAAUAUUACCUGGAACUUUUAAUACAAUGCCAAAACUUAAGGUCCUCUAUUUGAAUAACAAUCUUCUACAAGCUUUACCACCUCAUAUUUUUUCAGGAGUUCCCUUGACCAGGAUAAACCUCAAAACAAACCAGUUUACACAUCUGCCUGUGAGUAAUGUCCUAGAUGAACUGGAUUUAUUGAUCCAGAUUGAGCUUGAGGAUAAUCCCUGGGACUGCUCUUGUGAUUUAGUCGGUUUACAGCAAUGGAUACAAAAACUAAGCAAAGAUGUAGUGACUGAUGACAUUCUCUGUACAUCCCCAGGGCAUUUAGAUAAAAAAGAUUUAAAGUCAUUGAAUAGUGAACUUUUAUGUCCAGGCCUAAUUAAUAGUCCAUCCCAACCAACCCACUCUAGUUUUAUAAUUGUCACCACUCCCACAACUACAACCAAUACUGCUGAUACCAUUUUAAGAUCACUCACAGAUGCAGUUCCACUUUCUGUUUUAAUUUUGGGUCUGCUCAUUGUGUUUAUAACUAUUGUGUUCUGUGCUGCAGGAAUAGUAGUUCUUGUCCUCCAUCGUAGGAGAAGGUGCAAAAAGAAACAAGCUGAUGAGCAAAUGAGGGACAGCAGUCCCGUGCACCUUCAGUAUAGUAUGUAUGGUCAUAAGAUGACACAUCAUACUACUGAGCGUCCCAGUGCAUCAAUGUAUGAGCAGCAUAUGGUGAGCCCAAUGGUUCAUGUCUACCGAAGUCCAUCUUUCAGCCCCAAACAUCUAGAACAAGAGGAGGAGAAAAAUGACAAAGACAGAAAUGACUCAAAACAUCUCCAGAGGAGUCUUCUAGAAAGGGAAAAUAAUUCACCUCUCACGGGUUCAAAUGUGAAGUACAAAGCUACAGAUCAAACAGCAGAAUUUCUAUCCUUCCAGGAUGCCAGUUCCUUAUAUAGAAACAUCUUGGAGAAAGAACGGGAACUUCAGCAACUGGGGAUCACAGAGUACCUGAGGAAAAAUAUUGCCCAGCUCCAGCCUGAGAUAGAGGUGCAUUAUCCUGGAACACAUGAGGAGCUAAAAUUAAUGGAGACAUUAAUGUACUCCAGACCAAGGAAGGUGUUAGUGGAAAAGACAAAAAAUGAGUAUUUUGAGCUCAAAGCUAACUUACAUGCUGAACCUGACUAUUUAGAAGUCCUGGAACAGCAAACAUAAGACUACACUUUGGGGAUUUGGGAAGGAAUGUUAUGAUUCUGUUUAAAAUCAGAACAUUGUAAAUAAAAGUGCCUUAAAAUAGUGUAUUAUAAAUCAGAAUUUAAGCACAGCAGUAGUGCUGGGAUGGAAGGGUAUGGGCAGUAAAAGAAAAUGAAACUCAGGGAUCACUGGGAGAAGCCAUCGUAUUAUUUUCGGACCCCAAAUCAAAUCAAAACUUAUAUGUAAUUAAUCAUGCAAAGGAGAUGUUCAUAGCUCUCUAGGUUUGUUUUUUUUUUUUUCAGUUUUAUGGGCAAUCCUCUUAUAUACUUAAUUUGGGAAUUAAACAUUUUAUGUUGAAAUCCUGUUCCCAAUGAUUCCAUAAGAAUUGGAAUAUAUCACUUUAAGAUAUGUUUGUACAUAAAAUCUUAAAAUUCAAAAGCAUAUUGAUUAAAUGCUUAGUAUAUGCACUACAGGGGGUAAACAUUGUCUAUAAUUGCACUUUUCUCAUAAUAAAUGCAAAACUGGAAUUUGAUUAAUCUAAAUAGAAUAUAAAAGGAUAUAGUUAGGUAUGUAUAUAACUCCAGUGGCAUAAAAAAGCUGAAGCCUGGUGAGAUUUAUUUAUCCAAUGCUGCUGUGAAGGGUCUCAAACAUAAAAGAUGACCAAAAAUAAAAUAGAAACAAACACUAAAAGUUCAAGGGAAAGGAACAAAAGCUCUUAUUUUUCUUCACAUAGGGGUUAUAUCCAAGUUUGGACAAUCUCAUUUUCAAUGCUGCUGUAAUCUGUUGUGUGAUCACAUGUCAAUUUCAAUCCUUAAUCUUGGACAAUUUUGAAGCUACUGAGAAUCCACUGUAAAUAUAUUUAGUGUAAGUAAGUUUGGUUUCUUUCACAGCAGUGGCUUCUUUGGUAGAUUUGAUUGUUCAUGAGAAAAUUAAUUUCACUGUGGCCAUCAAUUUAAAGGUGUAAAACAAAAAUUGGGUGUGUGUAGAGAUCAUUGUUUUUAUUUUAUCUGUAAUGCCCCAAAUGAGUAGCAAAAGGCACUUCUAAUGGUAAGUUAUACAAAGGACUUAGAAUGUGGAGCACUGCAGCUUUAUUUUACAAGAAAAUGUAGUUAGAUUUCUAUAAACUAUUUAUUCUGUACAGUUUUGUAUAUAUAUUU